UCAGCACCCACGUCCUUCUGCAAAUGUACGUGCUUCACCAAUAGCACUAUCAUACCACUCGACACUCCCAAUAGUGCCGACACCUCGACCACGUCAAAGCUGCUCCUCAAUCGCGUUCAUGGCCGAACAUGUACAGACUGCACCAAGAAGUUCUGUCUAAGCUACAAUUUGCCUAUCUGCAAAGAUGCCACAGAAGAGGAUGUAUUCACGACAUGCUUUCAGAGAGACAGUGUCAAAGAUCAGGCAGUCGUCUGGAUCUUCAUAAUCGCGACCGUCAGCCUUCUUGCUUGGGCGGGCAUGAAGCCUUACGUAGAAAGAUGGAGGGAAGGCUAUAGUCCCCUGCAAAGAGGACAACAAGGCUGA